CCUUGGCAUGUUAAUAUCGAUCGGGAAAAGGCAUUCAGUGUCACACAAAUUGUUUUCCACCUACACGCCCUCUCGAAACUCUCGUGCAUGGUUCUUGUGUCCCGGGAUACCCUUUGCUACUAUUUUCCAGCUAAUUCAAUUUACCACCCAGGAGCUUAUUGAGAUUACAAAGUUUACGCUGCAGUGGGGGCAUUGAAGGGGGGAAGAGGAGCUUCCUGUGCUCCAGCGGAAAUUUCUCCCACGGUGUUGGGCGGAAAGGUGAAAGACACUUGAGCUAUUUUUAGUGUAUCCAGAAGGCAAAUUUGUGCACAUUUUGCGUGGAAUGGUGCUUGAAUCUCCAGAUCUGAGUGCAUAGAGAUGACUACACCGCGCUCAACAGCUCCCGCGACGCCUAUUCUCACCGUCACGCGGAUGCUGCGCUCACCAUCACAUGAAAGUGUCACCACGGAUUUAUCCUUGUUUUCCGUAUCCUCAGCUGCGGGUACUCGUCAGCACAGAGGACCUAGUCCCAAUCCUGAUUGCUACAAACAAUCCAGCAGACCUGCUGACAUUCCGGAAGUAAUGUGGUUCGAGGAAGGAAAUGAUUUAAUACGCAGUUGCGCUGCCUUAUCGACAGCUCUGGGCAUGCAGAAAUCCUUCAGCACGAGCGACAUUGCCCAAUUACCACUUCCAGAAGAAUCCCACACAAAUCAUCUCCAAAAUACCUAUGCCACAUCAGAGUUGGCCCUCAACUCCCUCCAACGUUGCGGCUACAUCCUCGAUCAUCCACGCCUGGAACAUACAUCCCGUUCUUGUUCUACGUGGGUUGCUGUUGGGGAGCUUGCAUCAACUUCCCAACUACCCUCUCCCCAUGGUGGGCACACCAAUACCCUUCCAUCACUAAUGGCCAACACACCACCUCCACCGGCCUUCACGGCUGCUGAUCUCAUUCGUUCGGUCAACAAGAAGGUCCGCCAGAAUUACAUUCGUCGGCGCCUCCUUACCACCUAUCGUGCAUUGGAACGCCUCUCACAGAGUGAAUUCAACCUUGAUCGCCUAGAAGCUGUUGCGGCAGCAGCAACAGUGUACGCCGGCCCAGGACCCACGGAACUCGUUGUCCCCAAACUCCGACCGCAACCGCAGUGUCCAACGGUUACGAUAGUGGACGAUGAGAGUCAAACGGUGAACCAACUGGCGUGUCCACAGCUCAAACGUAAAAUUAACAUCAAUUUAAAUCGCAACAUCACCAUGUAUGACAUUGAACGUGACCGCGGGAAGCCACUGUCCAAGUAUGAGCGCAACAUGAUGAUCUUCAAUUGGCUGCAUUCCCUGGAUGAGACAACUGUGGGGGAUGAUGAAGUACUCCAGCAGCAGUGACUGCAGUUACCUUCUACAAAUUGACCAGUAACUGCUUGUGCGGAUUAAAUUGACAAAAUUGUUCUUGCUGCAUAAAUUACGGCUCUAGCCGAAGGGGCAUCUCAUUGAGCGAAAAAAGUGUACAAGUUGCAAAAUUAUUACUUUUAAAAUGAAAAUUCAAUUUCAUUUAUGCAAAAAUAAUGCAAAUAAUACAGUUUUACAGGUUUUGAAAAUAAAUGGCCAACAUAAAAAGAUUUUGCAAUAGAAAUUAUCAUUUUUUUCGAAAAUGAACAUUAAAUCAAAAAAAGGGACUGAAAAAAUGAGACUAAAAGAGCAGAAGAGAGAUGAUAAAGUUUGAGCAUAGCAUUAUUUUGAUUCAAGUCUUAUGUAAAAGUAAUACGUAUAGGUAUAAAAUGAUAACAUUCGGUGUUUUUGUAAUUUAUAUUGGGUUCGUUGAGAAAUUUUUAAAGAAUUUAACGAAUGAUGAAAAUGAUGUCCUUAAAAAAGAAUUGCUUAGAUAGAAGCAACAUUGAAUAUGUUUCUAUUGAUAGCCUAACUAAAUACUCCUUUCUCAAUUAUCAAUCUAUACCACAAGUAUUUAUAUAGAAGAAACUUUUCUUUACAAAAAGAAAGUGUUUAAUGAAUCUCUUAUAAGACUGUUUUCCAAGAAAAUAAACCCACAACUUCAUGUUUUAUUAACUUCUAGGUGUAUACUUAACUCCAUUUAGCCCAAAGAUAUCUUUGAAGAAGGUACCUAUUUUUAGUAAAACAAUUUUUAGAGUGUUUUUUGAAAUACACAUACUUACGUAUAAGAUGUUAGCAAAAGAUAGACCUACAUUGAAGGACAUCAUAAGGCCAGAAAAUGAAAAUGUUUAGUGAUCUUUUUUAUUUAAAAUUUAUUAUGUAGGUAAUUUAAAAUGACGUGCCUCGAGUGCCGAUUAAAUUAUGUUUAAAAAAAAUGUGUAACGUUGAGAACUCAUAAAGCUCUCAAAGAUGAAAGUUUAGAGAUUCUCAAACAUUUUUAUUGUGUUUUAUAUUGGGAUUCUCGGUGCUGAAUGCUUGAACAUCGCAACAUGUUUAGUAGAUAAUUACGUUUUUAAUGUGUAUAGUAAAAGACAAAUUAACCAAAUGAAGCCUUUGAGAGGAAAAGAAAUUAAUUUUUGCCCAAUUAUGAUAACAAUGAGAUGUCCCUUACAUCAUUGUAAUAUAAAUUACAAAACAAAAACUUUCAUUCAUAAAAAAAAUCUUCUUUCAGCCUCGACAUGUUCGUGUAGAAAUAUUUGCUCUGUUCUAAACAACUAACUAUGAAAAAAUGAAAAGUAUUAAUUUCUAUGUGGUAAAAAGGUGUGACAUCCAAUUAAUGAUUUGGUGUGUAUUGUGCCAAGAUUUUCUUCAUGUAAGAAAGGAUUAUCCACUCUCUCUGUAUUUUCGUCUAUAUUUAGUGUGAUAAAAAAUCUUACAUGAAAAGUGCCCUGAAGGAGGGAUUUGAGAGAAUUCACCAAAAAAAUCAAAAUAUUUCUAAGAAUUGCGAUUCAAUGAAUUUGUCACAAGAAUCAUGAGAAAAUUGGAGUCAUACUUUACUUUUUUUUUUUAAAUUAUGGCUUCCCCGCCAUCAAGUGGGAAUGUCUAUUAAUUAAUUAAUAAUAUCUUAUUCAUAUACAAUAUACCUAAUGUUUAUAGGAGAGACGUAUUUUUGUUGAUGAGAAUACACAACAAUGGGCCUCUUUAAUAAAAGAAAGUAAAUUAUUGUA